AUGCGAAAAAUAAAUCGCUUUUUGCGGACUUCAAAUUUAUCUAAAAUAAACGAUCUGGAAGUGCUGUCAGGGAAGACCAACAAUGAGGUAACGUUUCAAUUUUUCGGCGCCAAAAUUGAUGCAGGCCGGAUACGGGAUACGAUGGAGCGCAUGGUCGAGCAGCGCGCUCGAAGCGGCAACGCUGGCGGUCCCGGUAUUGCUUUCGCCGCGUACAAACCAACCUUUCGCCAGGAUGCCGGCCUAAUGUUGCAGUCCGUGGUCGUCAAUCAGCGGAGUCCCGUGCGUGAGAACACCGAAUUCAUCCUGUCCUGUGUGGCGCAGGGCUCAUCGACGAUGACUUUUCGCUGGUACAAGAACGGUUUCUUCGUGAACGUGACGAAGGCAACACGAAAUAUGUGGACCCGGCUGUUGCCUCUCGACUCCAAGGAUCACUACACGGCACUUUUGGGCAUCACCAGAGCAAGCCGGCUUGACGAAGGCAUUUACACCUGCCAGGUUAACGACAUGGGAAUGCAGCAGUGCCGUUCGACGAAAGUGCAAAUACUCGGAGCGCCGCAGCUGCGCGUCGACCCGCCCAGCGUCACCCUGUUCCGGGGUGAUUCGUUGCUCGUACGAUGCCUGUCGCAGGACUCCGACCAGCAGUACGGUACGCUCGGCUACAGCUGGACCAAAAAUGGGGCUCUCUUUCAGGCCAUUCCGAAAACCGAGAUGUGGGAAGAUCUCUACCCGGAUGGGAGCAUCCUUAAAGUGAAAAAUCUUCAGAAGUCGGUCGUCUACACCUGCAUCGUGUCCAACUCGGUGGCUCCAAUUUCGAAAAGCGUGCACGUAACUGUCGUUGAGCCAGGAUCAGUUACACUUUGCCCGAAAAGUACGGAUUAUGGCGUAAACUGGCCAGCCAGUGCAUCUGGGCCACCGGUCCUAGCGGACUGCCCCAAGCGCAGCGAAGGGCAAGCGAGACGCAUCUGUGAGCAACGUGACAUUGGCCGUCCGGAGUGGUUGAUGCCGGAUUUUUCCGAAUGCAUUCCGGAUGGCAUCAUCGACAUCGAGAACGAGUUCCGAGGGCUUACCUUCGGCUACCAAAAAACAAACGGCACCAAUGUAGUACAGACAUGUUUGGAAUAUGCAAUGAAACACUACGCCGACUUUCUCCCCGGCGAGGGAGGAGUGCUGCUGCGAUUACUGCAUGAGAUUUUCCGCUACAUUGAAAAUACGGGAACUCAACACGAGCAGGAGGUAGCAUCGGACAUUAUUCUCCGGGUGGUGGAUGUCAUUAUGCAGAACAAAUUAUCACUUAAUAAUCAACAGCAAAUCAAACAGCUGCAGGAUCUGGUCCAGGCGGCCGCUUUGAACCAUGAAACCACGAUGGCCGCUCCGAUAUCGUCCUCUUCGUCGCUGUCGUCGUCCUCGUCCUCUUCCAAGGCAUCGCUGGCGGCGACCACAACCGUGACGCAUCAACUCAACUCGUUCUAUUUAUACACGGAAUCGGUCAAGGGAUUACCAUUCAAUUUGCAGAUCUACGGCGAUCAACUGUACGCGGAUCAGCUUCACAUGGAAAUGGACGUAACGAGCUCGCUGCUGGAUAUCGUUUCCAAUGGGACCGUCCUGGUAACCGUAAUCUCCUACAAAAACCUGACAACCUUUCUGCCCCGGUUCUACUUCGCCAAAAACAGUUUCGGCACGGAUAUCGAUUACAUCCCGGCAUCGAAAGUCAUCUCCACCUGGCUGUACUCCGCCAAUCGCACCGGAUAUGAGCAGAACCGGCCGUUACACGUGCCCCUUGAGUCAGCUCACGUGGAAAUCAUCUUCCAGCACGAGAAUUCGCCGACCAGCGAGUGGAUUCCAUUAUGCGGGUACGAUGCCAAAGCCACAUUCGAGCCGACAUGGCGAACUGAUCUGUGCAUAACCGAAAACCUAAUGGAAAACAUCACCCGCUGCAUUUGCCCACUUUCAGGCACAUUUGUGGUUCUGCUGGCGAAGAAAAACUACAACGCUUCCGUCGCUAAAACCUCUGCCCGGCCAAUCCUGGUGGUGAUAAGCUGCGGAUGUUGCUUCCUGCAGUCGUGUAUUGCGUUCGCCAUUAUGCUGCCGAUCCUGUACCAGCGGAGAUGUUGUGUGACCUUUUUAAAAAUGCAGUUCUGCUCGGCUACAUCGAUGGCGAUGGCAAUUUUCAUCCUGGGACUGCUACAACUUUUCCCGCAAGAUUGGUACAGCGUGGUAAUCUCUCUAUUGACCGCGUUCUUGCUGCUCAGUUCCUCGACCCUGAUUGCCAUCACGCUGCUGGUAACAACGGAACUAGGACCACGGAAGCUAACAGUCGCCACCAGUACGCUGGCAAACGGAAUCACCAGCAGCAUAGGGAUCAGCUGGUUCCUGCCGAUUCUCUGUGCCACCUCGACGCCGCUGGUCUACCGGGUCAUGUUCGAAACCCCCUCCCAUUGGUGGCACACGACGGACUCGUUCGGUUUCAUCCUCUUCAUCGUCAUCGAGUCGCUUUUCGUAAUAUUAUUUUUACUGUUGUUCCUGACGCUGAUGAAGAAACUUUUGUAUCUAGCUAGAAAGCACGACAAGCACAACACUUCGAUACUCAGACGGAUAGGACUGCUCUACCGGACCGCCAUGCUGUUCGUGUCCAACGUGCUGUGCCACUCGUUCUACCUGGUAUACCUGAACACCGAGAGCCUGCUCACUGGUUACGCCUUCAGCGCUAGCAGUAUUAUUAUGGGAUUUUGCAUCCUGUUCAGUUUCGUGAUCAAGGCUGAAGUGAAGCACGAUUCGGCGUCCACCAGUAGUAAAUCUAGUACCAAAAAUAGUUUAGACGAUAAUUGUUGUUCGGGAUCAAUAAAUAGUCCGUUAAGUUUUUAUACUACCCAAGAUUUAGAUAAGGAAAAUGAAUGUAUACCCUCUAGUGGCAAGCCAACCAAAAUUGCGCUGACAAUACUGCCCUCCCCCUCCCAACAGCAGCAGCAACAGCAGCAGUCGCACCAAACUCUACUGCCAUCCCAUAUCACUACUAUUGAACCAUGCCUGCAGGGCGAUGGCCAUAGCAUAGAAACUUAUUUGGGUGGUAACAUUUCGGCGGGUACAACCGGCGUUUGUAACAUCGUGCCCCACGAGUAUGAAAGUACUAAAGCUCGAUGCUGCGAGACAGUUAUGGGGCAGAGGUACCGUCAUCCGACAGGUGCAACACCUCCUGGCGGUGGCAACCCGCUGGAAAACUCUAGUAUUACAUUAACGACAGCAGUGCCUCCUCCGUCUGGUAAUGUGAUAGGUCAGUUCGACUGGCACCAGCAUAGCCAGCAGCAACCGAUCGAACAAUCCAAGCAGCAGCAACAGCAGCAGUCCACUGCGAGCCUCGUAGGAUGCGAGGCCUCCACGUUUCCGCUUCAAAGUGCUGUCGGGGUCGCAAAGUGCUAUAUCACUCAGCAGCAUCCCCAGCAACAGCAGCUCACGCAUCAGCUGCUGGAAACUAACGACUUUGUCGGUGUCGGUACACUGGACAUCCUAAAAGGAGUUGGACAAGACAGCAUCCUCGGUGUCCGCGGCAAAGCAUUGGAGACACAGGACCAGUCCGCGAUGGUAACGGUGGCCCCGUCUACAGCGCAGGCCUCCGUUGUGGUGGAGCACCAUCAGCUUCACCAGAAACCGCAACCGACGACGGCAGAACCGGUCACUGCACCAAUCAUAACGGUGACUGGAACCGAAGACCCGGAUCGUAUCGACGGUAUGUUGGAUCGUAUCUCGCACGAUCUGGACUAUUUACUCAAUCGUACCUCUGAGGUGCCUACCAUAGUACCUAUUCAGCUGCGGCAAUCCUGCAGCGCCAGUAGCAGUAGUAGUAGUAGUAGUAGCAGUAGCAGUAAUAUUGUAAAUAACAGUGGUGGAACCGGUAGCAGCAGCGGUCCUAACGGCGGCGGAGGACCAACGAGUGCGCCGCUGAUUGCUUCUUGCCACAGUGUUCACGAAGUAAUUAUUGAAGAAUCUGAAGAGGUAGAUAGCUAA